AUGCUCCAAAUAAAGGUAUUUUUAAUCUAAUAUGAACAAGAAAAUAAAAACAAAAUGCCCUGUGAAAGAGCUUUAAAUACCUCAAAACAUCGUAGUUUUUUUAAUUAGAUAAUGGGGUAACCUUUUUUAUUCUUACAGACUAAUUGCAACAAAGAAGCCAUAAAAAUAUCUAAUAAAAGUAAAUUAAUUAUCGCAGAGAGUUUAGAUAAAUAUUUUAGCUUGUAUAUAUAAAGCAGUAACAUUCAACAAUAAUUGAUUCCAAUUUUGGGUCUUCAAUACAUACUUGGAAUGUAAUAGUUGUUAGCACUAUUUAUUGUUAAGCCACUUUAACUUUAAGUAGCAAGUAAUCUUUAAUCCUAGAAGGAAUUGAACAAGAAAAUAAAAUAGCCAAAAAUACUGUUAUUUUAAUUUAAUUAGAAAAAUAAUCUUAAUAGUUUCUAUAGUAUUAAUUAUGUUGUAUAAGAAACCCGUCUGAUAAACUACAUUUUGUUGUACAUCUUACUUUAUUAAAUAGCAUUUUUGUUAUAUUAGAAUCCUUUGAUUCAAAGUUUGGAUGAUUACAAGCAAUAGUCCCAAAAUUUAGUAUUUUUUUUGUAUAAAACUGUUAUGUGA